CACUCGAGCCUUGUCCCAUCCUUUCUCGACCGUCCAGCCAGCCCCCGAGGUCGCUUUCUGAACACACCUCCCAUGAGCCAAUCAGAGGCGAGCAUGCCUACGGCACGCUCUGAUUGGCUGCAUCGGAACAGGUCGACAUGUCAUAUCGGCUUAGUGCCCAGUCCACUCGCUACGCUCGGAUGCUCCUCGGGGUCACUUGGACUGUUGAUGGGCGCGGAUUUGCCCACGUGUUCUACAUGCCUAAACGGCUGUGGAGCCGUUUCCCUUUGCUCGACAGAUGCUGAGAUUGAGUAUCCACGGGACAGUUGGAUCCGAGUCAAUCUUUGCGGUACAGUUGACUUUGGCGGAGGUGGGCGACUUGUCAAAUCGUCGUCUCGGAGCCAACACGUCAACAUGCACACAACCUCUCACGUCACCGUGAGGCCAAGUCAGAUGAGUCGCGGUCAUGUCAACAACGGGCCGAAACGGUCGCAGGCCCAGAAGAAGUUCACCAUGAGCCAACUGCCUCCGGAAAUUCUGGUAAGUCAUGUCGCAGUCUGUCCUCUUUAUUUGACAGAUCUUGUCAACUGCAUUCCAGAGAGACCGACCUUCCUCGAAACGUCCAUUUCGAGUCGAGCGAAUUCGGUCCGAGCAAGCAUCAUUUUGGGGCUCAUCUCCGGUCUCCGGAAGCAUCCAAGUCCGGCUCCAGGUCGUCGGGCGCCGUCUAAUGCUACCACCUCGGACGGUUUGGCCAAGUUGCGGUUAAUGCCGGCUUGGUGGGCACAAACUACGACGAAACCAGCCGAUUUCACUCGCUUCAGUUUCGCUCUCCGUCGGCUCGACUGCGUCCUCGAUGGCCCUCCAACUGCCCAAAGCCUUCAGAGGCAAUUUGUGGAAUACUUCAAGGCACCUUUUUGA